AUUAAUACUGUAUUAACAGUAAUGCCGUAUCACUUAUAAUAUGUAUUAUAUGUGUUGUCAUAACAUUAUUAUUACAAUACUGUAUAACAUUAUUGGCAUAUAAUCUGUGAAUUUUAGUGAUUCAACGCAUGUAUUGUGAGUUGGAAUCAAUCGACGAGAAGACGGACACAUUGUGGACAUCGUUACAGACAAAGACAGACAGACAGUGAUAGCAAGUGUUUUGAACACAAGACACGACACAAUUGGAUCCGAUUAUUUGGAUUGUUGUGUCAAUACUAUCGACGCAUUUGACAAUUGUUUACACUUUGCGGCUAAACUCGAAGUCUGAUUGAUUGAUGUCACCACUGAUGUCGGUGUUGGCUGUCGUUGUGUUGGCCACAUGUUUGGCGACAGUGCGUGCAUUUUAUUUGCCGGGUUUGGCUCCGGUCAACUUCUGCGAGGACGACAAACCAUCAGAGACUUGCAAAUCGCAGGUCAAGCUGUUUGUCAACCGUUUGGAUUCCGAAGAGUCUGUCAUACCAUACGAAUACUCGCACUUUGACUUCUGUCAGGCCGACGAUCUCAGUGACUCACCCGUCGAAAACUUAGGUCAAGUUGUCUUUGGCGAGCGGAUCCGUUCGUCACCUUAUAAUAUAUCGUUUUUAAGACAAGAAGAAUGUAAACCUUUGUGCCAUAAAUCAUAUGAUUUGGGCGAUAGGAAUGCUGUCGACAAACUCAAUGGUCUGAUGAAAGGCAUGCUUAAGAACUAUCAGCACCACUGGAUUGUCGACAAUAUGCCCAUCACUUGGUGUUAUCCGGUCGAAGGAGACCAACAAUACUGUUCCGUUGGUUUUCCUGUUGGCUGUUAUGUGGACAGUCAGGGAACAGCCAAAGAUGCUUGUGUUAUGAAUGUGGUGUACAACAAACCAGACACCUUUUAUUUGUUUAAUCACGUGGACAUUACCAUCAAAUACCACAGCGGUGAGAACGAGGCCUGGGGUGUCAGCUUCGGUGAUAAAGGCGGACGAAUCAUAGCUGUUAAUGUGGUUCCCAGAAGUAUCAAACAUCAGAAAAUGCCAAGUCUUCAACCAAACGAUUGUGGACCUACUGUUCCACCGAUGGAAAUACCAGGAAAACUAUCCAAAGACGACAAAAUCGAUGUUUAUUAUUCUUAUUCCAUAAUCUUCGUAAAAGAUAAUACUGUCAAAUGGUCAUCCCGUUGGGAUUACAUACUGGAAUCGAUGCCACACACAAACAUCCAAUGGUUUUCCAUAUUGAACUCAUUAGUGAUCGUACUAUUUCUCACAGGAAUGGUUGCUAUGAUUUUGUUGCGAACACUUCAUAAAGACAUCGCUCGAUAUAAUCAAAUUGAUAGCGAAGACGACGCUCAAGAAGAGUUUGGCUGGAAGUUAGUCCACGGAGACGUGUUUAGACCACCCGUUCAUUCAAUGCUAUUAUCAGUGUUUAUUGGUAGUGGAGUACAGGUGUUCUGUAUGACAGUCAUCACACUAUUCUUCGCCUGUUUAGGAUUCCUGUCGCCCGCAAAUCGUGGCGCUCUCAUGACAUGUUCUCUUGUCUUAUUUGUCUGUUUGGGAACUCCAGCUGGUUAUGUGUCGGCACGUGUCUACAAAGCGUUUGGUGGAUACCGAUGGAAGCUUAACGUAUUACUCACGUCCUUAUUCUGUCCCGGAGUUGUCUUCUCCCUAUUCUUUGUCAUGAAUCUACUCCUUUGGGCAAAGGGAAGCUCAGCCGCUAUUCCAUUCACAACAUUGAUUGCAUUACUCGCUCUUUGGUUUGGUGUAUCUCUUCCGUUGACAUUUGUCGGCGCGUAUUUCGGAUUCAAGAAACGUACGAUCGAACAUCCCGUACGAACCAAUCAGAUUCCCCGUCAGAUACCGGAACAGUCGAUUUACACCCAACCGUUGCCGGGAAUUGUUAUGGGAGGCAUUCUGCCCUUUGGGUGUAUAUUCAUUCAACUGUUCUUCAUAUUAAACAGCAUUUGGUCCAAUCAGAUGUACUAUAUGUUUGGUUUCUUGUUUCUGGUUUUUACCAUUUUGGUCAUCACAUGCAGUGAGACCACUGUCUUGCUUUGCUAUUUCCAUCUGUGCGCUGAAGAUUAUCACUGGUGGUGGAGAUCAUUCCUCACGAGUGGAUUUACAUCGUUUUAUUUAUUUGUGUAUUGCAUUCAUUACUUUAUGACAAAACUGACGAUCACUGGUACUAUAUCUACGCUCCUGUACUUCGGCUAUACACUGAUUAUGGUAUUCCUAUUCUUUUUGUUGACCGGAACUGUCGGCUUCUUUGCCUGCUUCUGGUUUGUCCGCAAGAUAUACAGUGUUGUAAAAGUAGAUUAGUUAUGGAUUGAAAGGAUUUUGUGAUGAUUUAACCCAUAAUUUUUUGUUUCUUGUGUGAAGAAGUGAUCAAUAAUUAGUUAAUUAACUUAUAUAUAGAAAAAUAUGUUUAACUUUUAAAUUAAAUAUUAUUAAAAGAUAUUCAAUUCACACACACAUCUAUAUGAGUAAGAGAGUUGCUGUAUAUUAUUAUAUAUUUUUUUGAUGAUUAAAUUAG